CGGCGCUCGCGUCCCGGGCCGUCGCCGCCGGGCACCCGUGCCAGCGCCCAUGAGCCUCCUCCGCGCAGCCGCCGUCGCCGCCGGGCCCGCGCCGCACACUCCGAUCCGGUUGCUCGCGAGAAACCUGGCCGCCAUGGCGGAGCCGCUCAAGUCUGUGGAUUACGAAGUGUUCGGGAGAGUGCAGGGUGUUUGCUUCAGAAUGUACACAGAAGGAGAAGCUAAGAAAAUGGGAGUGGUUGGCUGGGUGAAGAACACAAGCAAGGGCACCGUGAUGGGUCAAGUGCAGGGUCCCGAAGAAAAGGUGAAUUCCAUGAAGGCCUGGCUGAGCAAGGUUGGGAGCCCUAGUUCUCGCAUCGACCGGGCAGACUUUUCUAAUGAAAAAACCAUCUCUAAACUAGACUACUCUAACUUUAGUAUUCAUUAUUAAUGGAAGAAAAAUAACAAUUGUAAUGCCUACAUUGCAGAAGAUAAAACAUAUUCUUAAAUUUGUAGUAGUAGGAUUAAAAAUGGAAACUUUCUGUUCUGGAAACCUCAGAAUUAUAUGUUACUAAAAUGUCUGAAAUUGAAAAAAAAAUGUUACCCACGUAUGUUUUUAGCAAGCAGAAGCCAAGUAUUAUAAAAUAAAAUGUUGCUGUAAAAUAUCUGCUGUGAAGAUUCAAGUGAAACCUUGUCUUAUGGAGGGAGUCACUAACUUCAGAAAACAUUGUAGUGUAUACAUGUUAUUCAGCUAGACAUAAAAUAAAGUUAACUAUCUAAAAUUAUCUUUAGAUAUUGUUGCCUAAUAAGGUGAAUUUUAAUGUUAUCUGAAAAUAAUUUACUACUAAAGUUGAGUAAUUUGUAUUCUUAUUGAAGUCUUAGAAUGGCUAAAAAAAAUUUGUGUGAUGAUCACUGUAACCAGAAAGUAACAGCAAUAAAGAGUUAGUGUGUAAAAUUCUUGUGAAAUCCAGGCCUGAUUCGGGACUAAGCUGGAGCUACUUGGCAUGUUCAACCUCACUGUUCUGUGGAGUUGGAGAGGCAGGCUGGGUGACAACCGCUAGAAGACCCUGCUUCAGUCUAGGAAGCUUCAAGAUUCACAUCUGCUCCCUUCAGCUGCAAUCCUUUGACUAAAAACACUGAGAGUCUAAAUGAGUCACCUAAACUUGGACUAUCAUUUGGGGUCUUCAAAUGAUAAUCAGCCAACAUAAUAUUUGAAGGAGGGGAUUAGUUUCUAUACUAUGGAAUUAUAAUAUUGAAUAAGAAAGACCUUUAAUAGAAAAUAGUAUUUCAAAUGUGCAUAUAAUACAUAUGUUCUUCAAUGAUUUCUUUAUUGUGUUUCGAGAUUGGGUUGCUCUGUGUUGCUCUAGCUGUCCUGGAACUUGCUCUGUAGACCAAGUUGGCCUCAAACUCAGAGAGCCACCUGCCUCUGCCUCUCAAGUACCGGGAUUAAAGAUGUGUGCCACCACCGCAA